CACGGGGCUGAUUUAUUUUGAUCCAGAAAUGUCAAUCCACGCUUGCAUUUUUUGUAUUUUGUUUUCUUCCUCUGCAAAGUUAGAUGAAAUAGUGAAAAUUAGUUAAUAAUUUUAAUCUGAGCUAGUAAAAUGUUGCCAUCGUUGUUGAGAAAUCUUUAUCGCCGAAUACCAACUCAGCGUGUGAUACUGCUGCAGAAUAAUGCCGAUUUUUCCUCACAACGAGUAGCGAUUGCCCUGCGUAGCAAGAAGGCUAAGUCAGAUAAACCUACGACACAAUACUUUGUAGACUGUAAACCCGUACGAACGGUCGGCGGCAAAGGCGGUGACGGUUGUAUCUCAUUUCUGCGUCUGUGGUGCAAUGAGAAUGCCGGUCCAGACGGAGGUGACGGUGGAAAUGGUGGUCAUGUCGUGCUGCAAGCCACCUCGGAUGUUCGUGAUUUAAAUCACCUCACGACGCUGCUGUCGGCGGACCCCGGCAAUAACGGGCGUAACAAAGACUGUCACGGCAAAAACGCCAGUCAUACCAUUGUGAAGGUGCCGCUGGGAACUAUUGUGAAAACCAGUUCCGGAAAGGUGGUGGGCGACCUGAACGGCGAGGGAAUGAUGUUUGUUGCUGCACGAGGAGGAGCGGGAGGUAAAGGUAAUCACUUCUUCAUCAGUGAUCUGGAACAGGCUCCACAAGUGGCUGAGUUUGGUGGAAAUGGGGAAGACAAGUCGUACAUUCUAGAACUGAGAAGCAUGGCUCACGUUGGUUUCAUUGGACUGCCAAAUGCAGGAAAGAGUACACUUCUUAGGGCAAUAUCCCGAGCCCGGCCUAAGGUUGCUUCAUAUCCUUUUACCACACUAAAACCCCAUCUCGGAAUGGUUCAAUACGAUGACUACGAGCAGAUCGCUGUGGCCGACCUACCGGGAUUGAUCCCGGACUCCCACAAAAACAAAGGUCUCGGGAUUCAGUUUUUGAAGCAUGCGGAACGCUGCAAUGUGCUAUUAUUCGUUGUGGAUGUGUCGUCUGAGGAACCGUGGAAUCACUACCAAACACUGAUGCACGAAUUGACUAUGUUCAGCGAAGAGCUGGCCAAUCGGCCAAGGAUGAUUAUUGCAAACAAAAUUGAUUUACCGGACGCGGAGAGGAAUUUGCAGUUACUGUCGCAUCACGUAGAUGUUCCGGUGAUACCGAUCAGUGCUAAGAUGGGGACAAACGUUUCCGAGUUGUUGAAGGAAAUCAGGGUAGUUUAUGAUGGUUUGAAAAAUGAGUCAACUCGAGUCACAGAUCAAAAUGCGUAGACUACAGUACCUACACCAAAGAAACUGUAGAUAGACCCUUCAAGGUUCGAAGUCAAUACGUAGGGAUUUUUCAAAGAUGCAUGCACACAGUAAUGGAUUCACGCUGAUAUCGCCACCAACACUGCGACAGUGGUUUUCCAAUUUAGUGACAACUUGGAAAAUGUUGAUGCAUUUCUAUUUUGCAACCAACAUUUUUACACCUAGUUGCCGACAAAAUUUAUCUAAUUGUUCACAAAAUUGACCCAAGUUUUUUUUUAAUUUUUAUUUUUUUUUGAAUAAUAGAACAUGGGUCAUAAUAACGAACCAUUCAAUGAGUUUUUAAAUGAGAAAGAAGAGAAGCAUGCUGAAAACAGGAUUUUUUUUUAUUUAUUCUAUUUACUAGAAAAUAAUACCGGUAUGCAAAUAAAACAACAAACGUGUUAAAACAGACAGUUCUUGCUUCAGCGCACCGCCGGACUUUUUGAGUAGGGGAAAAGACGACUUUGGCAGGUUUUGUUCUAUUAUUGUCAGGGGGGUUUUUGUUGACCAAAUUUUAUAAAAUUUUGCCACAAUAUUCUUUGAUAUGCAAAGAAUGUUUAGGCCAAAUUUGAGCAUAAUCAGUCAUAAAAAAACCCCUGUCAAUAAUAGAACAAAACCUGCCAAAGCCGUCAUUCCCCCUAUAUAUAUAUAUUUUUUUAUUUGCGUGCCAAGACGAAAGCUUGCUAGACAGAGUGAAGGAAAAUGGUAAGUACAAUAUCCGAAAAUGUAGGCAAAUUAUGUUGCAACAGGAAACAGUCCAUUAGAAGUCUUUGCAGAGUGCGGUUCUUGUGAAGUCAUUUCAAAUGUAGAGAAAGGUAAUAAAGCGCUUGUUCGUUAAAGA